AUUUUGCCACCACCUCUCUCUACCUCCAUUCCCCCAAUCCGUACGCAAAAUUAUAAAAAUUUACACUUCCGCUUCUCCCUCUGCUUCUACGUCCGGACCGCCGUGCCCCUCGCCCAUUCAGAAUCUAUCAUCCAACCACUUUUCAGAUAUCUCUCCCUCGCAUCUACUCCGAACUACCUGCCGAUUCUCGCAUCUAACAAAACCAUUUUGUUGAUUCUCAAUCAUUAACGAAUUUCUUUAUCUUCGCCGCCAAACUCGCAUUCGGCUUUUUUUCUGAGAUGGUUGCGGUGCAUGGAGCGAGGCAUUUCGCAUGUAGCUACCUGCCGGAAUUUGAAUCUGGACCGUUGGUGCCGUGUAAGUUAGGCUUUGCCAAGUUCUCCAUAGGCAAUAAUGCCGUUAACAAUUUGGGGCUCUGUCGCGGUGGUGAUGCGAGGUUGAGAUCGUCGCGGAUAAUUAAGGCAAUGGAGGAGUCUGCGGCGUUUUUGACCAAGGAUUGCGUCUCUAUUUCAGGAAAGGAUCAUCAAAUCAUGUCGUGCAAUGGGAAAUCAUCAAACAUCGUAUGGCAUAAAAGUUCAGUUGAUAAAUUUGAUAGGCAAGAGUUACUUCAGCAGAAAGGUUGUGUCAUUUGGAUUACCGGUCUCAGUGGUUCAGGAAAAAGCACUUUGGCAUGUGCUCUGAGUCGAGGCUUGCACUCAAGAGGGAAGUUGACCUACAUCCUUGAUGGAGACAAUGUCCGACAUGGCCUAAACCGUGACCUAAGUUUUAAAGCUGAAGAUCGGGCAGAAAACAUUCGGAGAAUUGGGGAGGUAGCAAAGCUUUUUGCAGAUUCUGGUGUGAUUUGCAUUGCUAGUUUAAUAUCUCCCUACCGAAAGGACCGAGAUGGCUGUCGUGCAUUGUUACCUGAUGGAGAUUUUAUUGAGGUGUUCAUGGAUGUGCCGCUCCAAGUGUGUGAGGCAAGGGACCCAAAGGGAUUGUACAAACUUGCUCGAGCUGGAAAGAUCAAAGGUUUUACGGGGGUUGAUGAUCCAUAUGAACCGCCACUAAAUUGUGAGAUAGUACUGAAACAGAUGGGAGACGAUUGUCCUUCUCCAUGUGAUAUGGCUGAAACUGUAAUAAGUUACUUGGAAGAGAAAGGGUAUCUGCAGGCCUAAUAAGAAAAAGUAAAAA